AUGCCCGUCUUCCUCUCAGUUACUUGGACCUUGGCAGGCACCAACGAUACCUGCGAAUCGAAUCACUUACCGAAGAGGAAACCGCUGAGAACACGACAUAGCUCACAAUCACUGGAGCCCCCAGUAUUCGAGGAGGGAACCCACCUGGGAGAAUGUUUCCCACUCCUUGAAUUGAGUGAACUGUGCACAAUAUUGGAACAAGAUUGGACAACGUCACGCUACUCAUACAAACCAUCCCAGGCGACUAACGAAGAGGUUUCUACCAUGAUCCAACUGCAAUGGACAGUGCAAACGCUGCAAGGUUGGACCUCCUAA